CACUGGAAGCAAGGAAGGAAUUUUGAAACGUCAUUCAAUCAAUUCAAGUUAAUAUGUUUGUUUGUCAUAGCCUAGAGCAUAACUUACGAGUAAUUUAAUUAGUAAACACUCACCCUUAGUAAUCCAUCCAUGAAUUUAGUUUGUGUUAUUUUGCCAUUAGGUACAUUCUUAGCUUACUGAGACUCUUACGUUAAGUCAAUAAGUUACUGAUAAUGAUGACUUCUUUAAACAAACUUCUAUUUAAUAUUUUUGCAACAACCAAAAAGCUAAAAUUUAAGCCUGUCCAUCAUAAAGCUCAACAUUUCUCAACCUCAAAUGCUGGAUUUCUUUACAGGAGUUUUAAGAUUUCCAAAAAUCCCUUCUUGUUCAUAAGUUUAUUCUUCAUCAAAAGCAAACGGCCUUUCUUGUUACUUUGGGGAUUUCCAUUCUUGCCCUCAAAGGAAGAGGAUGACAAUUCAAAUGCCAUACAACCCAAAAAUGUCAAUCUCAAGAAACAAACUCAAAAAGCCGUUGUUCAGUCUGAUGAACUAUUCAACUUAAACAAGUUUGAAGAAGCUGCUUCGACUCUUCUUCCAUUUCAGGACGCUGGGGAUGUAGAAGUGCUAUGGCGGCUAGCUCGUGCGCAGUAUAAGCAGUCGCAGCAGUCGGGAGUGGUAGAACCACAGCGACGUCAGCUGAUAGAGUCAGCGUAUGACGAGUUGUGUAUUGCGAUCACACACGACCCCGACCACUGGGCGGUCCACAAGUGGAUGAGUGUGCUGCUUGACGCAAGAUUCACCUACGAUGGUGUGAAGGCGAGGGUCACUCAAUUGUCUAAGGUUAAGGAACAUAUGCUGAAAGCAGCUGAGUUAAACCCAAGUGAUGCUACAACCCUGUAUAUGAUUGGAUCAUGGUGUUACCAAAUAGCAGACAUGCCUUGGUAUCAAAGAAAAAUAGCUGCUACAAUCUUCGCUGAACCUCCAAAAUCAUCUUUUGAAGAAGCUCUUCAAUAUUUCUCCAAGGCAGAAGAGGUCCAGCCCAGGUUUUACAGCCAGAACCUACUAAUGGUGGGAAAGACACUGUUGAAGUUGCAGCGACCAACUGAAGCUUACGACUACUUGGUGCAAGCUCGCGACUUUCCUAGUUCAUCUGAUGAAGACGACCAGGUAAGGAAAGAAGCUGCUGAAAUACUGAAGAAUUUAAAAACUAACGAGAAACAAUGAAUUAUCAUGACCAAUAUCAAUAGGGUGCUAUGAGGUGACAAUGAAAAUAACGUAUUACUUUUUAUUCUGUAUUAUUUAUGUGUUUUUAUACUGUGCUGUCAAUAAAUCAUUACUGUAAA